UGUACAAGUGCAAGAUGACUACUGGAGAUAUUAAGAAUAAUCUAAAGAAGCUGCAGAAGGAGGUACAGCUCAUUAAAUAUGGGGAAGAGCUGGAUCUGCAAGGGCUUUCUCAGGGCAAGUCCUCUGCAUUCCUUCCUCUGUACCACUAUGCCUUUGUGACAUAUAGCUGCUACAUUGCCAAGGCUAUUACAGACAUUAACAUAGAGUUGUAUGGAAAAACAGAUCUGAGGUUCAUGGAAGGAGUGUAUAAGGUGCUCCGGGAGAUGUUCAACUAUAAGCCUCCUGUCACUAAAGAGCAGUUCUUCUCCACGGGGUUCGCAGAGAGGAAGGUGAUAAUGUGCACAGAAAUCCUCAACAUGAUCAAGGCAAAGCACAGACGUUUAGCUCCCAAACCCAAGUCCAGAGGCAACUCCACCCUAACUUCCCUACACAGGUCCUCCUCAGUACCAGCCAUUGAUACACAGAAGUUGACUGGGAACCCUAAAGAAAGAAAGAAUAAAGAAAAUGUUACAGAGUGCUCCAUCCCAAAGGUUGUAAAUGAGGUGUGGCACAGAGAGACUCUGGCUGAAGGUCAAGGUCAUGAAGGAAGCCUCUCUCCGCCAGGUGGUGUCACAAGAACAAGCCCCUCUGCUAGGCUGCCGUCCAAAGAGGGCACUCCACAUGAUGCUUUGCCAGUGAUAAGUCACGUGAGACCUGCUGAAGUCAUAGGUGCUGGUUGUGACAUGUCACCAAGUAUUAAUUAUAUCAGACCUGCUUCUGUGGAACUGGUGACCAUAGAAAGAGGCUCUGAAGUAUCUGCCAAUUGGCAUGUUGCUGAACAACCUCUGGAGCCAAUAGAUGUGGUUGCCAUGACACCAGGCAAACAACCGGAGUCUCAGGAUUCUCUCACACUUAAUCAGAUUGAAGAGACAACCGAUAACAUCAAGAAUGUCGUGUCCCAGCUUUAUCAGAGGAUGGAGCAGAUGGAGACAGCCCUUCAUUCCAUGGCGGCCAGGACCCCGCCAGCCAACAGAGAGCAGGACGACAAGGAAAAUGAUUUCUACAUCACAAAACCCCAGUGGGAUAGCGUCAUGGCCAGAUUGAUCUUGUUGGAGAAUAGGGUCAUGAUGCUUGAGAAUGAUGGAUCCAAAAAACAGUCAAAUAAGAAGUCAGAAAAACUUGGAAAAG